AAAAAAAUAAACGUACACUCAAAGAUUGUGGUAUACAAGUUAAAAAAAAUGAUGGGGAUAGGCCUACAGUUACCAGAUUGAUAUCUAUAAAUUCCUCUCAAUCACGUCAAGCUUUUGGAAUAGAUAGCUUUGAAAACGAGUCUUAUAAAAUUUUGUUGAACUCAGAAGAACCACUUCCUCCUUCGAGUGGCACGUGGCAACAAGAGUUGAAAAUGAAAACAAUAUUUUGCAUAAAGAUAAGUUGGGUGAGGCAAUUAAUACAAACGAUCCUGCUUUGUGGGCUGAAAAUAUGUCCAAAGUAGAACGCGAUGCAGUUGUUCUUCAGGAGCCUCCUAAAAAUCUUUUAUCUUUUCCAAGAGACUCAAACAAGAUUAAGGUUCCUGAAUCAGUUUUCCACGAAAUAACUCGUAAUGGGGAGAAAAUAAACAGAGAUUGGCUUGUUUGGAGUGCAACUUCAAAAUCAUUUCUUUGCUUUCCGAGCUCACUUUUCGGAAGCAAACAAGCCUGCGGGGCUGGUAAUAAUUCACAUCUUCUACGUUGGAAUGGUGGCAUCAAUGAAAACUGGAGAAAGCUAGCUGAAAAAGUAAAAGGCCACCAAAACAAUCCUCACCAUCAAGACAAUUACAUUAAGUGGAAAACAGCGCUGGAAAGCUUGGGAAAUCGAUGUGGGAUUGAUUCAAGUUUAGAAAAAUUGAUAAGAAAUGAGGCAGCCAGGUGGCGUGAAAUUUUAAAGUGCAUUUUAGAUGUAAUUCUUUUCUUAGCAUCACGCAACCUUAGCUUCAGAGGCUCAUCAAAAAUGAUCAGUGAUGACGAUAACGGCAACGUUCUUGCAACUCUAGAGCUACUUGCAAAGCACAACAAGACUCUUCAGUUACAUCUAGAAGAGAUUUCUCGCUGCCAACAAGAAGGUAAACAAAUUCUUGCGCAUUAUUUGGGUUGGAGUUCUCAAAAUGAAUUUAUAAAAGAGUGCGGAAGAAUCGUCUACGGUGCCAUCAUUAAAGAGGCGCAUAUGGCAAUUUACUAUUCUAUUCUUGACGACGGAACGCCUGACGUCUCUCAUACUGGGCAAAUUGCAUUUGUUCUCCGCUUUGUCUGCUAUGGUAUUGAUAAAAAAUAGGUAGUUAAGAAGCGCUUUCUUGGGGUCGAAAGUCUCAAUAAAAAGAAAGGUGUGGAUAUUGCUAAGCUAAUUAUAGAUGUCUUAGAUCAAAAUGACAUUGAUCUGAAGAACUGUCGAGGUCAGGGAUAUGACAACGGUGCUAAUAUGUCUGGUGUGUACAAAGGAGUACAAGCGAUUGUUCUUCAGAGAAAUCCUCAAGCUUUCUACAUGCCGUGCAGCACUCAUAACCUUAAUUUAGCUGGUGUUCAUUCUCUUGAAUCUUCUGUAGAAAUGAAGAACUAUUUUGAUCGUAUUCAGUUACUCUACAAUCUUUUUAGUGGAAGCCCUUACGAUGGAAAAUCUUGACCGAGACGACUGGUUUGUCUCUACAUCAAACUUCACAAACCCGAUGGAGUGCACGCAUUGAGGCUGCGAAGCCGUUGGUUAAGCGACCCAGAGAAAUUCUUUUAUCUUUGCUGAAACUUCGUGAUCUUGAUUUAACUGCUGAUCUAUUGAUUGACGUAAAAUCUUUAGAGAAAUGGAUUCAGUCAUUUGAGUUUAUUAUCAUGACAACCUUC